AUGACGGAGGGCGGCACGCGGACGGCGCCCCCUGCAGUAGCCAGGUCGCGCCGCAUGCAGUACCUGGGCAUGAAGGGGGUGGAAGCAGGGGAGGGGGGGGGGCGGGUUCAAUCAUGUGGGACCCUCGCUGAAACCUGCCUUGAGUCACAUUCAGACCACUGGAGGCACACCACCAGGCGUGUCGCACGGUGUACGAUGUUCAGGCUGGAGCGCCCAGGGACCCCAGAGCCAUGGGCCUGUCGGUGGGUGCGCGUUCCCUCAAGCCUGCUGGUCUUCUGGACCCCCCCCGCACCCAGCCUGGCCCUACGAGACAUCAGGACCCCACCCCCCUUCACCGGCAGUUAG